ACUCUUCCCCUCAGACUUGAGCCGGGGCUCCAUAGGGAAGAAGCUGAGACAGAGGGAAGGAGACAUCAUGGCCAGUGAACUGAAGAAGAAGGCUUUCUGGCGGGCAGUGAUUGCCGAGUUUCUAGCCAUGAUUCUCUUUGUCUUUAUCAGUAUUGGUUCUGCCCUGGGGAUCCAGUACCCCAUACCCUCUGACCCCACCAACGCCACCAGCACUGACACUCGGCCACAAGACAUUGUCAAGGUUUCUUUGGCAUUUGGGCUGGCCAUUGCCACAUUGGCACAGAGCGUUGGCCACAUCAGUGGAGCCCACCUGAACCCAGCUGUCACCUUGGGCUGCUUGCUCAGCUGUCAGAUCAGUAUCCUCAAAGCUCUCUUGUACAUCAUUGCCCAGUGCCUGGGGGCUGUCGUGGGCACCGCCAUCCUGUCCGGCAUCACCACCCAAAUCAGCAAGAACUCACUGGGACUCAACGGUCUCAGCGAAGGAAUUUCUCAGGGGCAAGGCCUGGGGGUGGAAAUCAUGGUGACGUUCCAGCUGGUUCUCUGCGUGGUGGCAAUCACAGACAGAAGGAGGAAUGACGUCUCUGGAUCGGCACCUCUUGCCAUCGGACUGUCUGUGGCGCUGGGUCAUCUCAUUGCGAUCGAUUACACCGGUUGCGGAAUGAACCCAGCAAGGUCUUUCGGAUCAGCUGUUGUCGCCAACCAGUUUACCAACCACUGGAUCUUUUGGGUUGGACCAAUGAUCGGGGGAGCAGCUGCCGCCAUUAUCUACGACUUUAUCUUGUCUCCCCGGACCAGUGACUUCACAGACCGCAUCAAAGUAUGGACCAAUGGUCAAGUGGAGGAGUACGAAAUAGACGACGACCACGCAAGGGUGGAAAUGAAGCCAAAAUAAUUCAUGUGAUAUUCAGGGAGGAAAAAGUGAAUAUAGAGGAAAAAAAGAGACGAGAAUAUCAGUAUUAUGGACUUUUUUUGUAAAAAGGAAAAAAAAGAACAAUAAGCGUUUCCUAAAUGUGUUUUACUGCAGUUUUCUUUCCCUCUACAACUUACUGUAGUGCAAAAGAGAAACAAGUGGGAGUGUCUACAAUGAUUUGCCACACCCACUCUUUUCCCUUUAGCCAGUAAGGCCGCCGACCCCUCUAUUCUUACCGAUGCGGCUCAAAGAGAAAUGUUAUUAUUAAAACCAUGAAUAUGAUUAUUGUAUAUUACAAAGAGCUUUCGUUUUAUAUAUAGCACACAUCCGCUCAGGCUUUAGUUCCCCCUUAACCCCUACAUUGCCUAUAAGAAAUGUAGUAUAUUGUUACACGUUCAUGCGUAACCCUAUCUCACCGACUCUUGCCUACACUCCCAUAUUAUAUAAGUAGCUCAUCUAGAAAUGCUGGGUCAGAUAGGGAUACUGAAGGUGAAGCAUCUGGCGCACAUGAAUAAAGUGCAACAGUUGCAGCAAGUCUUGGACUAGGCCUAAGUGAAGCAUCUGGGGCAACCAGUGAUACAGACUCUAUUGAAGCAUCUGGCACACACAGUAACCCAAGCUUAAUGGAAGCAACUGCCACUUUCCCUCUAUUGGAGUGAAUCUGGUGCAUCCAGCAAUUACUGAACAUUAUAGGCAGUUAUUUGGGAUACUCCCCAAGAAAGACAUGGAAGUGUUAAUAGACAUAACAGAGGGUUGGAAUGUGGGCUAGUAAUACACAGAGCUGUACGACUGACGGCCAGUAAUGGCUAUUAUCUCUGGGCAUUCUAUUUAAAUGACGUUCGUUAGGGUGAGAAAAGAUGUAAUACAUAUUGUGGCCUUUCCUUUUGCUGGUGGCGCUGUUGCUAUAAGCUUCUAUGUAAAGUCACAUUAACUAUUAACUCCCUGUAGCCUGCAACAACCACCACAUCUCAUAACAUAAAGUCAGUGGAAACGGGCAAGUCUUGGGUGAUCUCUACAGUUAGUAUUUUGGGCUUCAUUUGCUUUAUUUUUCAACAGAACCAAUGUGCAAAGAAAUGGCACAAUUCUCACCCCCUCCCAGUUCACUUGGAAGAUUGUGCAAUGGUUAAUAACUUGAAGUCAACUUAAAUUGGAUUUACAAGGUCUUUUAUUAUGCUCCAUCUCCAUUUCUUCUUCUCUCUCUCUUUAUGCAAUGCCCCAUUCUAUUUCUCCAUCUCCUUUCUUCUUCUUCUCUCUCUCUCACUCUAUGCCAUGCCCCAUUCUAUUGCUCCAUGUUCAUUUCUUCUUCUCUCUCUCUAUACGCCAUGCCCCAUUCUAUUGCUCCAUCUACAUUUCUUCUUCUCUUUCCAUGCCCUGCCUCAUUGCAGGGACAAUUAUAUUCUACAUUUCCUCUUCUCUCUCCAUGUCAUGCUCCAUGCCAUGGACCAUUAUACAGUUCCACCUACAUUUCUUCUUCUCUUUCCAUGUCCUGCCUCAUCACAUGGACCAUUCUAUUGCUCAUCUACAUUUCGUCUUCUCUUUCCAUGUCCUGCAUUAUUGCAUGGUCUAUUCUAUUGCUCCUUCUACAUUUCUUCUUCUCUUUCCAUGUCCUGCCUCAUCACAUGGACCAUUCUAUUGCUCAUCUACAUUUCGUCUUCUCUUUCCAUGUCCUGCAUUAUUGCAUGGUCCAUUCUAUUGCUCCAUCUACAUUUCUUCUUCUCUUUCCAUGUCCUGCCUCAUCACAUGGACCAUUCUAUUGCUCAUCUACAUUUCGUCUUCUCUUUCCAUGUCCUGCAUUAUUGCAUGGUCCAUUCUAUUGCUCCAUCUACAUUUAUUCUUCUCUUUCCAUGUCCUGGCUCAUUGCACGGACAAUUAUAUUGAUCCAUCUACAUUUCUUCUUCUCUCUCCAUGUCAUGCCCCGUGGCAUGGCCCAUUAUACUGUUCCACCUACAUUUCUUCUUCUCUUCCAUGUCCUGCCUCAUUGUAUGGACCAUUCUAUUGCCCCAAAUCAGUUUUCCCUUAAUUUUCUUCUUUUGACACAUCAUUCGAGAUAUAUGCCAGUACCCAAUGGUAAAAAGACUAAAUAUAAUAGACUCAUAAUUAACAUUUAAUAAAAAGCCCCCCACUUUGUUAUCUCUAACACAAUUUAACCAGCAUAAUACAUUCCUUUAUGCGUAGAUUAGCUUUGCUAUGAAUAUCUGUUAUCAUCAACAUUGUAAAUACCCCCCCCAUGAAUUUUAAAUAAAAGGAAUGCUACUAA